ACUACAAUCAAAGAAUGUCAGAAUCUCACCAUCCACUAAGGACAAUAUUAAAAUUCAUGAUAGCAGUCAGAGUGGACGGAAUAUUGUCACAAAUUCUCCACAGAUUAUCUCGUAAAAAAUUCAUUCCUAUGUAACUGACUUCCAGAUAACCCACCGGAAUAUUAUGCCUCCCGAUACACCACACAAGAGUCGAUUCUACACUUGUAGCAAUGUCAACGAAGAGGAGUAUAUCUCAUUUCUACAGUCAACCAUUUCGGCUGUCGUCUUGACUUUGAUAUGUCUACUCGGUGUAAUUGGAAACAGUCUAGUUAUCAUUGUCUAUUGCGUCAAGCCUAGACGUCAGACAGGUCGUCUAUUUGCAAACCGUCAGACCAUAAAUAAUAGUCCCAAUCAGAAGACAAGCAACAGCACUCAGGAUAGUUUCACUUCAGAUAAGUCGACCUCACCCUUUCAAGUAUUCAAGGCACCAGCAACAUCUAAUUCCACGCUCCCAUCACACUUACACACAUCAAUACGUCGACGAAAUGCAUUCAGUCAACAGAAUCUGAUUCUGCUUCUCGCACUCGUCGACCUGUUGACAUGUGUCCUCAUUCUCCCAUGCGAUAUAUAUCGAGUGGUCAAUUAUACUCAUGCAAACAGGCAUACUACCCCCUCACCUAUGCAUGACAUAUAUGGCACACUGCCAAUGCGACGCAACUUCUCACAACUUCACAUGGAUAACACAUCUGGAAGUGGAUUCUAUUUUAAAUAUGAGCUGGACGCCAUACUCACACUGUUACGGAAUAUAGUAUUUGCUUGUGAAGGCAGUCUGUUGGCUGCCAUAGCAUUUGAACGAUACAUGAUUCUGGUCGAGAGGGAUAUUUGUAAGUGUGCAUGUUGUCUGCUCUGUGUAGCCUACAAGAACAAGGAUAAAAAUAAUCCGAACAGAGUCAACGGUACUCUUCCAAAUUUGUUCAGUCUCAGUAAAACUUCUCAAUCCCCUUCAAAUGACUCGUCGGGAAUUGUGAAUGAUUCUGCCCACACAACUCGUUCCUCACCUACUGGUUGUGUCAACGACGUUCGAGAAACACCUCCGAUGACCCCACUGAACAGCGCAAAAUCAAGCAACACAAAAUACAAAGUAGGCGUGCUGUGUAAACCGAGCACGUGCAUCAUGUCAAUACUGGUCAGUGUGACUAUGGGAACUUGCUUGUUAGAGUGUAUUCUGAUUGUUUUACACUUCUCAAAAUGGGACUGUCAGUUGACCGACCUGCUACGUGAACUUGUUAACCAGAUUUACAUUCUGUGCACAUUCUUAUCCUUCUUCAUCAUCACUUAUUUAUACAUGAGAAUAUUUAUGACGGUCAGAGAGAAUGAUUUACGUCGACAAAAGUGGUCAGCGCCUAGAAGUGCUCUCCACACGUCAUUGAGAAUUAUCAAUGAGUCGAAUGCCGUGUCACAGCCAUCAGAAAACGAUAGUGAAAUGGAGACGGUGGUGAGGUUGGCUGAUGAGAGUGCAUCUAAUGUGGCUAUGACUAAUGGUGAUUCCAGUAUUUUCUCACAUCAUCCCUACAACAGUCAACUGGUACCGUCGUCGAGGUCGAGACCACCCAUCAGAUUUGUGAAGCAGUUGAGUUGUGAUCAAGUGACCUCAGAUCAUUGCUGUUAUCAGCUUGACCCACGAAUCGGUCAGGUUGUUGCGUUCCGAAGACGAGGGAUACUGAAACUACCCUCGAUGUCAGCACUGUUUGAGCAAGGAGGACAACAACAACAGGACAAGUUGUCGGCGGCUUCGAUGAGGUUUCUUUUGAGGCGAGAAUGUCAACUGUCGGAGAAAGAUGUGCGGAAAGUAUUCACGAACUGCUACACAGCACCGCCGUCACCACGGUUACUGCCUCUCGGUCGACUGAUACCGAGACGUGUUGUGCGUAGUCAUCGCACAGGUUUGAUGAUAUUCAUUUCCACUGUUGUCUUCUAUGCCACACUGUUUCCAGUUCUGUGGGUUCACUUCAAAUUCUGGUGGAGAUCGUCCACUGACUAUCCUGUGAACGAUGCGACUACUCUUGCUGUCAGUAGUGGUCGAUUGAAUACUACUGGUAGUGAUAGUGGUGAUGUCAGUGGCAAUUCGACUGUCACACACACAAAUAAUCAUGGGAGUAGUUUCAUGACAGUUGUACAUCACGAGUUCUAUUAUGUGAACAAUGCUGUGAAUUUUUUCAUUUAUUCCUUAUUCAACCAAAGUUUUCGUGCGCGUCUUCGACUUUUACUGGCCAAACAUUGAAGUAUAGGGAGCAGACGGAGCUAUUGUAUUCUUUUGUUAUUGACGGAUGGACAAUGAAUGUAUUCAUGUGUAGUAUUUGAAUUGUCAAAUCUCGGUUAGUUAUCGUAUUUUUUGUAAGAUGUUUGAAUGCUGAUACUUUGUGAUUUCAACUCUUAUUUUUGGUACUCUUCGACUUGUUUUGCACUGUACACUGAGUGAAUUGCAGGGCAGAAAUCGUUUUGAAAUAAGGCUUAGAUAAUUGUGGUCACUUCUUUGUGAACAUGUGUAAGUGGCAGUUUGUGUAUUCACGUUACUAUCGCCUUUGUAUCACUAUGGACUAAAGUCAUCCUCAAUAAUUUUCUGUGUCAAACUGAGUUUUGUUUUUACAUGGGUUGAUAUUUCCGCUGUCGAUGUAUUUACCAAUUGAAAAACAUAGUUUUAUAUACUUUCAGAAAUAUUGGUGAUGAUUGCCACUGUUUAUGUUAUUUACAGCGUGUAUUUUAAACAUAACAAUAGCCUCUACCUUUCAUCUUUUCAAUCUUGAUCAGAAAUCCUCAUCACGUUAUGGUGUUUCUACGUCUUCUGUUUUAUGCAUACUUUUGGCCUGGUUUCGACCCAUCGUAUUCACUGAUUCUUAUCACUCAAUACUUUGCACAUCACAGCAAAAUAGAUCGGGGAAUCGAAAGGGAAUAAAAUGAUUUGCAAGUGGUGAAAGCAAACAAAAAGGAGAACCGGAGACAGAGACUGAAAACUUAUAAAGAGUUCAACAUUGAGAUGAUGCUCUUGGAUUUUAGGAGUGUUACUGAUAAUUUCUAGAGAUUGGUUGCUAUGUUAUGAAGUACAAUAAUGAUAUGGCUCAUGCAUUGCUAGAUUGCUAGAGCCAACGGUCAGAGAAUUUAUGGAUUGGUGCCAGGCAAAGUGACUGUUAGUCUUCUUGUAACCCAGUCAAACUUCGAAUAAGACUGGAUUUUAAAAGGUAGUUACUGCAUCGUCGUGCAUAACAUAAAUUUCAUCCAAUAAUGAUCAACAAACUCUCCAUCUGACUUCUUUUGCUUGGCUUAAGUUAUCUGUCUUCCCUUUACAUCACCCAUUCUAUGGUUCCACAAAGUGUGAGCAACACUUCGAAUAAACCUGUUACCG